CUCUGUGCUGGGAUCAUGCGACUUGCCUCGCUGUGCAUGCUGGUGGUGUUUGCUGGUGUGAUUCCAGCCCAGGGCGGGAUACUGGACCUGAACAAGAUGAUCAGACGAGUGACGGGGAAGAGACCCAUCUUCUCCUAUUUUUUCUAUGGCUGUCACUGCGGAUUUGGUGGCAAAGGCCAACCCAAAGAUGCCACAGACUGGUGCUGCCACACCCAUGACUGCUGCUACGCUCACCUGAAGCACCACAAAUGCAAUAUUCACUUGGAUCGCUACAGCUACAAGUCUUCCCAGGGGAACAUCCAGUGCUCUGACAAGGGGAGCUGGUGUGAGCAGCAGCUGUGCACCUGUGACAAGGAGCUGGUGCUCUGCCUGCAGCGGAACCUGGACACCUACAAGAACCACCUGCGUUACUACUGGCGGCCCAGAUGCAAGGGCCAGACCCCCACGUGCUAGGA